GCUUACUCUGCUGGCUCCUAACGCGGUGCUGAGAUGGAGAGCGCAGCUGUAACUGCAGCCCCAGACCCCACCCUGGAUCCGCCUCUGGAGCAGCUUCGGCACCUAGCCGGGGAGCUGCGGGAGCUGCUUCCCGGAGUGCGGGUCGGCGAAGCCCAGGAAACCACCAAGGAGUUUGAUCGGGAGGCCUUUUGGAGAAGACUCAAUGAGGCAGCUGUGACAGUGUCAAGGGAAGCCACGACUCUGACCGUAGCCUUCUCUCGACUUCCACUGCCAUCUCCACAGGAAACCCAGAGGUUCUGUGAACAAGUGCAUGCUGCCAUCAAGGCAAUUAUUGCAGUGUACUCUUUGUUUCCCAAGGAUCAGGGCAUCACCCUGCGAAAGCUGGUGCGGAGCGCCACUCUGGACAUCGUGGAUGACAUGGCUCAGCUUGUGGAAGCACUUUACAUCAAUCCAGCCCAGAGCAGCCCUGAGAACCUGAUUUCCUACAACAGUGUCUGGGAUGCGUGCCAACGUGUACCUCAGAUCCCAAAAGAUAACAAAGCUGCAGCCCUUUCAGUGCUGACAAAGAGUGUGGAUCUUGUGAAGGAUGCACAUGAGGAGAUGGAGCAGGCUGUGGAAGAAUGUGACCCUUACUGUGGCCUCUUGAAUGACAUUGAGGAGGACAGCUCUGACAACCAUGUUGGUGAGGAGGAUAUAUUGGGAUGUCCAAACAAUCGGGAUUCAUAUUGGUCAGAGGAAGACCAGGAGCUCAUAAUCCCAUGCCUUGCACUGGCGAGAGCAUCCAAAGCCUGCCUGAAGAAAAUCCGGCUCUCAGUGGCAGAGAACGGAAAGAAGGAUCAGGUGGCCCAGCUGGAUGACAUUGUGGACAUUUCUGAUGAGAUCAGCCCUAGUGUGGAUGAUUUGGCUCUGAGCAUAUACCCACCUGUGUGCCCUCUGACUGUGCGAAUCAGCUCUGCAAAACUUGUAUCUGUUUUAAAGAAGGCACUUGAAAUAACAAAAGCAAGUCAUGUGACCCCACAGCCAGAAGAUAGUUGGAUUCCUUUACUUAUUAAUGCUGUUGAUCAUUGCAUGAAUAGAAUCAAAGAACUCACUCAGAAUGAAGUUGAAUCAUGAAUUUUCAGACUCAUUUGAACUCUUUUUCUUAUUGUCAUAGCUGAGCUCUGAUGUCUGCUUUUAGAAUGGAGCUGGGAUGCUUUCUGGAUUGGGAGUUCCUGUCUAUACUUAUUAAGAGACACAAUUACCAAAGUUUGGUGAUUAGGCCAAACUGGCAAUUAUUUAUAAACCAUAUGAGUAUGAUAUAUUUUUCUGUGCUAGAUGCAAAAGGCAAUUACAUGAGUUUUUGUUAUUCAGUUGCCUCUCAGAGAUCCCUGGGGAAGCUGCCUUAUUCCCUAUUCAAUAAAAUGUGUCAUUGUCAAAGAUAUAUUUUAGCAUGUUACUAAAUAUAUAGUAGUAACUAUAUUCAACUAUAGUUGAAUAUAGUUCUUCUUACCAGCAAGUUCUUUUGAAUGUUAUUCCAGUUUGUUCCAUUACUCUAUUGGUAUUGAAGGGCUUCCUCAAUGGCUCAGCAGUGAAGAAUCUGCCUGCAAUGCAGGAGACAAGGUUCAGUCCCUGGGUUGGGAAGAUCUACUGGAGAAGGAAAUGGCAACCCACUCCAAUAUUCUUGCCUGAAAAAUCCCGUGGACAGAGGAGCCUCACAACUGAGCACACACGAGAGAGUUCUGUUGGUAUUGAGCUUGUGAAAAUUUUUAAGUGUGUUAGUUGCUCAGUCACGUCUGACUCUUUGCAACCCCGUAGACUAUAGCCUGCCAGGCUCCUCUGUCUUAGCGAUUUUCUAGGCAAGAGUACUGGAGUGGUUUGCCAUUUCCUUUUCCAGGGGAUCUUCCCAACCCAGAGAUCAAACCUGAGUCUCUUAUUUCUCCUGCAUUGCCAGGGAGUUUCUUUACUAGUGCCACCUGGGAAGCUGGAAAAUUAAUAAAGUGAAACCUUAUUUAAAAUGGAGUUGAGAGGCCAGAAGGAGGAGCUCUCACACAGUGUUACUCUAGGUAAAUAACAGGAAGGAUUGUCAAUUAUAGAUAGGAAUGUACACCUAUAGAUAGGUGUACAUUUUAUCUCCUACAGGAAAUAGACCCUAGCUACUAAGCUAAUGAGAGCCCCUCACCCUGAACUCUCGCUUUCCUCCAUGAAAUUUUGUUCAAAACAACUGCUCCCAACUUCCUCCUUUUCCCUCCUUUGUUUGUGGAACUUGGCUGUGGCUUUUACUGUAGCUGGUUUGACCUUAAUUGCAGUUGUUUGUUGUUCCCAAAUAAACCUGUUUUGCUGGUAAAAUAA